GUUUAACUUAUUAGUAAAAGUUAAGAGCAAGUCUUCCUUUUUGACAAAGGGAAGAAACUAGCAGAGAAUACAGCCCAUUGGAACUUGAGUAGCAAACCAGAGUUUUCAAUGUCUUCGUCUCAUAACAUAUUAUUUCAACUACUCACUUUUUUCCUCUGAAGAAACACCAACUUGAAGUUCUACAUUCCCUUUCCCUGAUUUUACAAUCCCAACUCAAUAGAGGCUUUAAUUUCCUACACACUGUGUCUGUCUCAAUUCAAGAAAAGAACAGAGUAAGAAGACAGAUCAACAUGUGGAGCAGACAUGUUAUUAGAUUCAGUAAAAGAAGGAUGUCAACCUCAGUAGCAACAAAUGGCAAAAACAAUAUGGAAUGGUGGGACCAUGUACAACCAGCUCCUAAGGAUCCAAUCACAAGUGUCACCGAGUCUUUCCUCUUUGACCCAAGUCCUUUAAAGCUCAAUCUUGGUGUGGGAGCUUAUAGAGAUGAUAAAGGAAAACCAGUUACUCUUGAGUGUGUUAAAAGAGCGAUGGAAAAGAUAUCAGACUGCGAGUUUUUAUCGGGUUCUAGCUGUGAAAUCGGCCAAUAAUGCCUGUAUCAGGUAGACUGUCUAUAUCACACCCAAAGUAUGCGGCCCUUACCCGGACCCUACGUGAAUGCGGGGUGAUAUUGGAGGGAGUGUCGGAGCAACAAUAAAGUUGUUUCCGUGUGACCUAUGUAGGUCACGGGUUCUAGCCAUGAAAUCAACCAAUAAUGCUUGCAUCAGAAUAGGCUGCCUAUAUCACAUCCCAAGGGGUGCGGCCUUUCCCGGACCCUACAUGAAGGCAGGGGAAUCAACUAAAGCAACAACAAAGUCAAAGUUCGUGCAGGACUGUGUAAAAUUGGCUUAUGGAUAUGACUCUAAUGUUGUUAAGGAAAGCAGGUUUGCUGGAGUUCCAGCUCUUUCUGGAACUGGUGCAUGCCGUCUGUUUGCUGAAUUCCAAAGGCGCUUCUAUCCUGACUCACAAAUGUUUCUACCAAUGCCAACUUGGUCCAACCACAAUGACAUUUGGAGGGAUUCUGAAGUUUGUACGAGUACCUACCGCUAUUAUGAUCCUGAUACAAAAGGAUUGCAAUUUCAAGCCCUGAUGAAGGAUAUCAAGAAUGCUUCAGAUCAUUCCUUUUUCUUACUUCAUCCUUGCGCUCAUAACCCAACUGGCGUCGACCCCAACUAUGAGCAGUGGAAAGAAAUCUCUCACCUAUUCAAGAUGAAGAAUCAUUUUCCUUUUUUUGAUAUGGCUUAUCAAGGGAUUGCUAGCGGGGACCUUGAGAGAGAUGCCACUGCUAUUCGGAUAUUUCUUGAAGACGGACAUCUACUGGGCUGUGCUCAGUCUUUUUCCAAAAACAUGGGAUUAUAUGGACACCGAGUAGGUUGCAUCAGUAUUGUCUCUCGGGAUGAAAAGCAAGCCGCUGCAAUCAAGAGUCAGUUGCAGCAGAUAGUCAGGGCAAUGUACAGUAGCUCUCCUCUUCACGGCCCACUAUUAGUAUCCACAAUCUUGAAUGAUGCUGAUUUAAAGGCACUUUGGGAAGAGGAUAUUAAGGUCAUGGUGGAUCGCAUGAUCAGAAUGAGAAUUGAAUUACGUCGAAAUCUUGAACAAUUGAAUUCGUCUGCAAACUGGGAACAUAUAACCAAGCAGGUCGGAAUGUUUUACUUCUCUGGUUUAUCCCCUAAAGAGGUUGACCGGUUGCAGAGGGAUUUCCAUAUAUACAUGACUAAUGAUGGACGCAUCAGCAUGGCAGGGGUAACAAGCAGCAAUGUGGAAUACUUGGCAAGUGCAAUCCAUGAAGUUACCAAAGUGUAAAUAUUAGUUAGCUUAUACUAUUAAAUGGUGAACCCGUUUUGGCUUGGUUGAGAAGCAGUUUGUAGAUUAGAUUAUCUAUCUUAAUCAAAGUCUGAAGGAAACCUGUCAUAUCAAUAUACAGUCAAACUUUUAUGUAACAUCCAUCCUCUGUAACAGCAUUUUAUUAUAACGGCCAAGUUUUCUUUAGAACCAAUUUUUCAUGUAAUGUUAUAAUAUAUAUUCUCCAUAAUAGCAUUUCACUAUAGCACUUCA